AGUACAGAGAGACCUCCUUUACCUUGAGGACUUCACUUGAAUCUUGUCAUCGCUUUCGGUGCCAGAUAUGUUCGCAUCACGAAUGGUGUGGUCAGCAUUGGUGUUGUCUCUGUUGGUGGCCCUCGCAGCCUCCGCCACCACCUGGGAUCGCUCUUUCCGCGAUGAGGGAGAGCCGCCGAAGUUCCUGCCUCCUUCUCCCCCGGACUCCUCUGCCGUGGCCCUGCCUCUCCCCACGGACGAGGACCACAGCCUCAGCAAGCGUUCUAGCUACUACAACUCCUGCACUGGCGUCUACGACCGCGAACUCAUCGCCAGGCUCGACCGCGUGUGCGAAGACUGCUACAAUCUUUACCGCGACGUCGAGGUGGCUGUGGGUUGCAGGAAAGGCUGUUUCCACAACGAGGUGUUCCUGUACUGCGUGGACUAUAUGUUCCGGCCUCGCCAGAGGAACCAGUACCGGGCCGCCCUCCAGAGGCUCGGCAAGUAGGCGGUUCCUCUUCAGCCAGACCUGCGGGGACGCUCGCCAUGCGACUCCCCAGACGGCCAGAUUCCA